GCCGCGCGUAAAAACUCGCGAGCACGUUCACGAUCGAUUAGGCUCGCGGCGGCUAAUGAACCUGAGUGCAACGAUGCGGGCGGGCGCUACGGUCGGCAGUCCGUUGCAGCAGCGUCUCGCGUAAUUCGCAUCACCGACCGCGCGUGGAAAGUAUCGUCGGUGCGCUCUGGUCGACGUCGUCGGGCCAGCGGAUGCCCGUCGCGGCUGUGCCUACCGAAAGAUGCGGCGGUGCUGCCGACGGAGACGUCACCCCGUGCGAAUCGUGAGGAGGCUGCCGAGGAACGGCCGACGGGCGGUCGAGGCCCAGGAGCUGACCCAACGUGCUCCUUUGACCUGAGGCAAUCGCGCGCGCAUACGUGCACGCAGAGUCGGUGUGCGCGAGGACGUUCCUCUGGUCGAUGGAUAUUCGCGGAAAUAAUAAUACCGGCGCCAGAAGAGAAUCGCAGUAAUUUCUUUUCUCCGAAGAGUCUUACCGUUAUAAAUUAAAGUACGUGUUCGGCCUCCAUUGACACCAUGGACGAUGAUAUCGACGAUAAAGAUGACACGAAACGAAAAUCGCGCAAUCUCAGCGAAAAGAAACGCAGAGAUCAAUUUAACAUGCUCGUCAACGAGCUCGGCAGUAUGGUCAGUGCUAAUACGCGAAAAAUGGACAAAUCCACGGUGUUGAAGUCGACAAUUUUGUUUCUAAAGAAUCACAAUGAGAUAGCAGUUAGGUCAAGGGUCCAUGAGAUUCAAGAAGACUGGAAGCCGUCCUUUCUCUCGAAUGAGGAAUUCACGCAUCUUAUAUUAGAGGCAUUGGACGGCUUCAUAAUGGUUUUUUCGUCAAAUGGCCGUAUUUAUUAUGUAUCGGAAAGCGUUACGUCCCUGCUCGGGUAUCUCCCAAACGAGUUGGAGAGCACCACCAUUUACGAUAUAACGUAUCAAGAGGAUCAGCCGCAUUUGUACAAUAUUCUGCUGAAUCCUGGUAGCACACGGGACAGACAGGCAGUAAAGAAAGAGGACCAGAUAUCCUUCACGUGUCAUAUCAAAAGAGGCGGCCUCGACUUUCGGGAAGAUUCUAUCUACGAACUUGUACAGUUUAUCGGAUACUUUCGUUCCGCGAUGGACAACGACGUCGACAAUCUCCUACCGAAUCAAAAACUUAGUAAUUCCAGCGGUUCAGACAACAAAUUAGUCUUCGUGGGUACGGGGCGUCUUCAGACUCCUCAACUCAUCCGGGAAUUAUCCGUGACGGACAACACGAAGUCGGAAUUCACGUCCCGCCAUAGUCUCGAGUGGAAAUUCUUGUUCCUGGAUCACAGAGCGCCGCCCAUUAUCGGAUACCUGCCUUUCGAGGUGUUGGGCACUUCCGGUUACGAUUAUUAUCACGUGGACGAUUUGGAUAACGUGGUCACGUGCCAUGAAUCACUGAUGCAGAAGGGCGAGGGAACGUCCUGCUACUACAGGUUUCUCACGAAGGGCCAGCAGUGGAUUUGGCUACAGACCAGGUUCUACAUCACGUACAAUCAGUGGAACUCGAAACCUGAAUUCAUCGUGUGCACGCAUUACGUGGUCAGUUAUGUCGACGUAAUGAAGGAAUUGCGCGCGGAAACGGGGGGUUACGAUAAAACACAAAGUCAGGAUGUUUUACUGCCUGUAAAACAAGUGACCGCAUCCUGCCAAACACCGUUGGCGCAAUGGGCGAGCAAGUCGUCGAAGACGCCCACCAAAUCGAUGACGGUCGGCUCCAAUCUACGUCAUCGUGGCGACGGCUCCAACACGUCCUCGAUAUCCGUCUCAUUGCGGAGCUCACCGCAGUCGCAAAUAACGCACGGAUCGCGAUCGAACACGGUCUCGGCGAACAGUUCCGUGGUAUCGAAGCCAAUAGCGUCGGUGGACAGCAGGCAGCCGCAGCAGCAGCCGCAGCAACAACCGCAGCAGCAACAGCAGCCGCAGCAUCAGCUGGAUGUCAGUCAGCCGUGCAUCAAUUUCAUAGAUCCUGCGCAAUACACGACGGUCAAUCUGCAAUCGGUCGUCACCGCAGGAUUCGCGACACCUGCUGCUCCUAUUCUCUCGAGCGUGCCUACUCAUGAGAUAUUGCAUCAACAGGGCAUCGUGAUGACUCCGGCGCAAAAUCAAAUACAGGACGAGCUGCAGCGAAAACACGAGGAACUGCAACAGCUGAUCGUUCAUCAGCAGGAGGAACUGAGAAGGGUCUCCGAGCAAUUGCUGAUCGCUCGAUAUGGGAUUCUCACGCCGUUACUCAACGCGGGUAUACCAUAUAAUCCGUCGAAUCCAUGUCAACAAGCCAACCGGUGCAACACCAAUAACACCAACGUCCAGUUGCCGACAUCUAGCAGCGUGCAGAGUGUUAACGUGCUUCCCAUACCGAUCACCGUGCCUAUAGUGCCCACAGAAUUAUUCUCGCAUCCUUUGCAAGUGAGCCCAUCGCCAGGCUCGACGCACGGCACAGUGGGCGCUAUAAUUCAAACCCAACAGCAACAGCAGCAGUUGCAGCAGCAACAACAACAGGGCCCGUCACAGCCGGAAGACAGUAACCCCGAUCUCGUGCCUUUCCAGAUCUGUCCCCAACAGGCCGAGAUGAUUUACGGUAACAUGGAGACGUCGUCGAAUCAGCACCAGAGGUCUGCGCAAAAUUAAAGAGACCGUCUUCCGUAAACGGACGUUCCGAUUGUACCUGUCGAUUUGCGAAUACAAACGAAGUACGUCCAUCUCCGAGCCGAGAAGUCUCCCGAAUUCUUCCAGAGCCAACUUGUUUGCUCAACGCGACGAAGGAAUUGCAAAACGACGUUUAUCGCUGCAAUUGCAAGCGUCACAGUUCCGUUCGCACGAUAACUGCGUCCUAGGGAAACGCAUGCGUCACGAGUUAGGAAAGUAACGCAGGGAGACAACCGAUGCGUGCUAGAAAAUAGCGGCUGAUGCAUUCUAAACGGUAACAUACGACUUCGGCCGCAUUCUGGCACAGCGUUGUGAGAUUUUUAUAUAUAUCGAUGUAUUUACGUUCGACCUGAUCCAAGGGUCUCCACGUGCGGAUGCGUUGAGCGCAAGUCGAUCGCGCGAGUAACUCUUUACCGCCUAAUGAUCGUUGUACAUUUGUUCAUAAUCGUAUCUAUCUUUUCCUCGUUCGGCCGACUAUUGAUUCUCAUAUGAGAGAGAGAGAGAGAGAGACUAGUAGGCAUUCAUUAAGGUUCCGGAAUAGUCAGCUAAGAAAUCCGCGUUGACAAUAGCAACACAAUUCAAAACGACGAAAGAAUGAACUAAUAGAAUACGUUCAGCAAGCGCUACAAAUGCUUCGAAGCAUUUCUCCUUCUUCAUUUGUCUUUUGCGUCCGAAUAAAAGAAAAAAAGAAGAAACGCUUCGAAGCGUUUGUAGAGCCUGCUGUACCGCAUUUACAUGUCUGAAGAGUAGCGUAUUGAUAACGAAAUUUUAUGUUACAUUUCCUUAUUAUUUGCUUAAUUAUGUAAGUGUGAUUUGUGACAUACUUAUUAAACCUGUAAAAAUGGACAGAAACUAAGACUAAAACUAAGAUUAGCUUGGAAUUUUAUACGUGGGAGCAUAUUUUCCACCUCUUUCAACAGCUAUGAAACCGUGUAUUUUCCCACAUAAAUAGAACGUUAUUUCACGUGCCUUUUACGGCUAUUUAUUGACUGUCAGGAGGGAAAAGGAGAAUUUUCGUCCAUUUUCACAAGUGUCUUUAAGCAAUCUCAAGUGUUGCUUUAUCCAAAUAUCUUUCUAUUUGCAAAUGGCACGCGAUAAUUCUCGACGUGUCAUUUCUCGUCUAUGAAUCGUCACGAAUCCAAUAUGAUCGCGGAGACUCGAUUCCGAAGCCUUAAUCGCGGAAGUUCUCAAACUGCAAGGCAGUGCGGUGAAAUUCCCGAGUACUGUUCCAUUUGUGUGUAUAUUGCAUAAGAUCAUAAUUUAUAUGAAGAUAAUGGUUAGCAUGUAUACGAGCGAGAGAUACGAGGAAAGUAUUUAAAUAAGGAACAAUACUUAUUGUACGAUUUCUAUGUAAAUUCUGGUCUCUCCGAGACUAUAAGCGACGAUCGUCGAAUCUCGCUAUAUUUUCUGUACGAGAAUGUAAUUUAUAUAUAUUUAUAACGACGAGAUUGCCAAACUGCGUAAGAUUCUACUUUGUAUGGAGGAGAGCGCGAUGACGAAGUAUCUAACAGUCACCGUGCUCUAUUGUGUGUGUAUAUUGUAUAAAAGUUAGAGAUAACGAGAAUUUGCGAUAAUUCUCGCGCCGGGAGGAUCUACGAAAAGGUGCGCUCUACCGUGAAAUAGUAAGAAUAUAUUUAAUAUGGAAUUUCUACGUGAAUUUUUCGGUACUCUAUCAAGGACACGGUUGGACCGUAUCGAUAAGACAUAAGUCGUUCGCGAUAGACGACAAAAGGAGCUCUGAUCAAAAUCAAACACAUCACAUUUUUACAUAUUUAUUGGAUUUAUUUUUCUAAUAAGCGUCGUCGAGUCAUCGGAGAAGGGACCAAACUCCGCAUUUUCCGGAACAGGGUACGUACUCACACAUUUGUAUAUGUAUACGAUGGUGAAGAAAGUAAUAUACUAUAUAUUUUGUUGUAUAUGUAUAUGUACAAUGUAUCAUUUUUUCAUACAUAUUUAAUGUAUCAUAAUAGAUGUAUAUUGGAUCAUUAUACUAGUUCAUAAUCGUUGUUUCCGAUGAAUAUAUCGUGAGUGUCAGGCAGGAGGCGUUCUAACGAAAUCGUGUCGUGGGAAUCAUAAUGUCACGAUGUCACGAGACGUGACACCCGAGUCGACGUAACAAUGUUUUACGAACGCAUUGCGUUAGAAUGACGAUACGAAAGUUAACCUAGAUCGGUAUAAAUAAUUGUUGGCAAAUAGAAAGUAAAGUUGGCGAUUUUAUAUCUCGUACGCGUGUUUAAAUUCUGACGUAAAUACAUAUCGAUUUCCAAAGGUUUUGGAAAUCUUUAUAUAUGCGCCUCGACAGGUUUCUUGUUUUCUAAAGAUCGAUGAUCUUUCUGUUUUCUUCUGCCGCCAAUUGUAUAAAUUUGCUAUUUUCAAUAAAAAACGAUGCGAACAGUGACCAUCCGGUACAUUAGUUAAACCUAUCAAAAUUACAUUAGCGUGUCUCUAAUUAAUAUAAUUCCAUCAAAUCGUCUUUCUUUCAUAUGUUUAUGAGAAUUGUGAAAAAAUUCCUGAAGAGUUUUAC